UUGACCCCCAAGUCCGGAGUUACCCUUCUUCUCCAAAAAUGGCCAUGCCAUUUUUGAAUUUAUCAGACAACUCCCUCAAUUUUGAAAAAUUCAAAAAGAACCCCAAGAAGCAUUCCAAUCUGAAAUCCUUGUGGGCUUUCUUGUUAUCCAUUUUCAUUUAUAUUUCAGUGUUGUACAUUUUCAACCUCUCACCUUCUGCUCUCUUUUAUACCACCAACUUCUGGUUUUUCAUAUCAAACACUCUCAUUCUCAUCAUUGCAGCUGAUUUUGGCGAAUUUUCUUCGUCCGAAGACGACCAUACUUUCUACCAAGAGUACGUGAAAAACACAGUAGGAGCAAAAACUGCUCCAUCUCUCCAACCCCAAUACGUGAAAAUCGUCGAGAAAACGGCGACGAACGAUCAAAAAGAAGAGGUUGAUGAAAAACCGCAAGAAAAGAUAAUAAACAUGGUAGUGACUACUGCUGUCGCCAAACAUGAUCAGAAUCAUCAAAACAAGAAAAAUAAACAUCAAAGUUUCAUCAGGACCACAGAAACAGACGUCGUAGAUGAUGAAGAAAGCCGGAACAACGAAAAGCUCGAUACGAAGAAGGAAGAAAUGAUGAUCAGUAUCAAGCCAGAAGUUGGAAUAGGAAACCCUGAACAGAACAUGGGUGACCGACGGAGAUGUGUUGGGAGCAAUUCGGAGAAUGGUGUGAUUAUGGUGGCGGCGGCUGAAGACAGUGAGGAAAAGAUGGUUCUGCGGAGGACGUCAUCUGAGAAAAGGGAUGAGGAAGAAAACGAGUUUUCAAGGAUGUCGGAUGAAGAACUGAACAGAAGAGUUGAGGAAUUCAUUCGAAGGUUUAACAGGCAGAUGAGGCUUCAAGCUGCCAAGACCCGACGGAAUUCUCAUCAGCUGAUGAACCCGAUUUAGAAAUCCAGGAGAGAUCGUGCGCGCGGGGGGUUCAGAAACACUGUUUUGUUUGCAUCUGUUGUCUUAAUAUUUUGCUGAUGUAAGUAGCUAGCUAGAGGCUUUUAGAUCUUUUUGCAGAGUUUCUUUGGGUCCAUUAUUCAUAUGCAUCUCUCAACUUAUACCACGUUAAUUCCAAAUAGGAUUCAAUGUAAUUUACCCAUAUAAUAUUGCAAA